AUGGGUCUGAGAAAACUUUUCUAUGAUGUAGAAUUUACUAAAUGUCUUCGUUUAUCUACACUGCGCGCGAGAUGUCCUGUUUCACAAGAGAUGACGUUGACCCAAGCGCAGUAUGCCCUUCUUCACGAGGUAAAGCUGGCUGUCACUCGUAAUGCUGGACUGGCGGAUAUCCUGAUGGACUACCAUGGUCGCGUAUCUAUGUUUGGUUCACCUGAAAGCAUUGUUGCUGCACGAUUGGAGGUGAAACGCUUGUUUAAUGAGAACGGACUGGGGCCAUUCGAAUUCCUUGAGCCAAAUCCAAGCUUUGACACAAAUAAUAACAGAGUUCCCAGCGUAGAUGACGAGUGCCCCUCUUUGGCGCAGGAUAAUGAGGAUUGGGUGAGUUUGGCUUUACGAUGGACAGUUAUGGAUUCUGCUAUUAUAAACUACGAGAUAUGA